AAAAUGGCACCUGUCGUUAGCUGUCAGGUAGUACUUAGGAGGGAUAAAUUGAUGUCCAAUGAAUAAGAGAAUAAAAUAAAAAGGGGAAGGAAAUAACACUCACGGCUGCAAACGCUGGAAGUUGUUUUGUUUUACGAAUAGUAGACAGCGAGUCAAGCUCUGACAAUACGAAACAAGAGCAAGCUAUGUACCAAUUUUAAUAUACCUUUUAGCUACUGAGAUAUUUCUGCGUAGACUUGAAUCGACAACUUAAGAUCAAUCUCAGAAUGGCACAGUGGGACAAACUGAGGCAACUUUCUGUCAAUUACACACAGCAAUUACAUGAGCUGUAUGACAGGGAUGGUUUGCCUAUGGAUGUUCGGCACUACCUGGCAGCUUGGAUAGAGAAGCAGGAGUGGCAACGUGCAGCACGGGACAAUGACCUGGCCAUGGUGCUGUUCCAGGUCCUGCUUGAGAAUCUGGAUAUCCAGCACAGCCGCUUUGUUCAGGAGGAGUCCUUUUUACAGCAGCACAACAUCAGACGAUAUAAACAGAACUUCCAGAGAUAUCAAGAUGAGCCCUGUGCUUUGGCAAACACAAUCCUGUGGUUUUUGGAGAAGGAGAAAGAAAUCCUCAACAGCGCUAGUCUGGCUGAACAGGUCCAGUCAUUGCAUGUUGAGCAGGAAGCCAUGGAGACCAGCUGUCAGCAGGACCUUGAACGUAAAAUGGCUGGUCUGAGAAACGAUGUGCAGUGUUUGGAACAUGCCAUGAUAUGUCUGGAAGAGCAGCAAGAUGAGUUUGAUUUCAAGUAUCAAACCCACAAGAUGGAAGCUGUGGUAGACGAGGCUUUGAAAAAGGAGCAGAUUAAAGUUCUUCAACUGCUCGUUAACAGACUGAAUGAAUGUAGAAAGAGCACGCUCUCAGACCUGAGUAAGCUUCUGGACCGAGCUGAGGACCUGAUCAACCUGUUGGUGAAAAAGGAGCUGGUGGAGUGGCAGCGAAGGCAGCAGAAAUCCUGCAUUGGCGCUCCUGACAAUGUUUGCUUGGAUCAGCUGGAGAAGUGGUUCACAUGUAUGGCAGUGUGUCUGUUCCAGGUGCGCGAGUUUCUGAAUAAGAUGGAGGAGCUGGUAGAGAAAGUGUCCUAUGGCAAUGAUCCUAUAAAAGCCCAAAAACCUGGACUACAUAGGAAAACAGAUUCUCUUCUUAAAGCCCUACUCAAGAGUUCCUUUGUGGUUGAGACUCAACCAUCCAUGCCGCAGGGUAAAGGACCUCUGGUUCUGCGUACAAAUGUCCAGUUUUCUGUCAAGACAAGACUUCUGGUUAAGUUCCUUGAGCUGAACCACACCAUGAAAGUGGAUGUAUCAAUGGACAGGGAGGCUCCUCUUACCAAAGGAUACCGACGUUUUAACGUCCUGGGAACAAAAACCAAGGCCUUGAACAUGGCUGAGAGCCAGAGUGGAGGCAUGGUGGCAGAUUUCAGACAUCUGACUCUGAAGGAACAAAAAUCUGGAGGUGGUGGAAAAGGAGUCAGCGAUAUUUCUCUGAGCGUUACAGAAGAGCUCCACAUCAUCUACUUCACCACUGUAUUUGAGCUGAAAGGAUUUUCAGUAGAGUUGCAGGCCUCCUCCCUACCUGUGACCAUCAUCUCCAACUCCAGCCAGCAGCAGAGUGCCUGGGCGUCAGUCCUCUGGUUCAACAUGCUUAGCCAGGAUCCCAAGGAUAUUCGCUUCUUUGCCAACACUCCUGCAGCUCCUUGGCCGCAGUUUGCAGAGAUGCUGAGCUGGCAGUUUCUCUCUGCCACUAAACGUGGUCUGAAUGAUGCUCAGCUGGAAAUGAUAGCAGUCAAGCUCUUUGGGAAGCAGCAGAACUAUAACUCCUGCAAAGUAGCAUGGUCAAAAUUCUGCAAGGAAAAUGGUCCUGACACUUUCUGGGUGUGGUUUGAUGGCAUCUUGAUGAUGGUGAAAACAUACCUGGAAGACAUUUGGAGGGAAGGUCUCAUCAUGGGUUUUGUGAGCAAGGGCAAGGAGAAGUUCCUCCUAAAGAAAAUGAAAAGGGGCACGUUCUUGUUGCGCUUCAGUGAAAGCGUCAUUGGAGGAAUCACCUUCUCCUGGGUGGAAAUCAACUCCAUUGGUGAGCCUGAUAUUAAGACUGUCCAGCCCUUCACCAAAGUCGACCUCUCCCAGAUCCCUUUUCACGAAAUCAUCAGGAAUUACCAGAUCUUGGAAGCUGACAAUGUACCAGAAAAUCCUUUACUUUACCUGUAUCCCAACACCCCAAAAGAUGAAGCUUUUGGAAAGUUCUACAGUGAGAAAAGUGGAGAUGACAGCCCUUACAUAAAGUACAUCAAAACCAAGCUGAUGUUUGUUUCAAAGGAGAACACAUUGGAGGCCAAGUCACCUGUGUCUUCUGACAUGGUACAGGGUGAAGGCCUGGAGCCAAUCAAUGGCCCGUGUGGAGAGGCAGCUGAACAAGAACAGGAUCCUCUUCCUCUACAGUUAUCGCUGGAAGCCUAUCGCCAUGAUCCAAUGCUGAGUAGCUCUGUUGAACCACAAGAUGAGGAUAUACUCAUGUUGUCUAUGUUCAACAACCUCAGCGGCUUUACUGACAGCGACGUCUUGCCAAGUGAGCCAAGCGCUGAUUUCAGCUUCCCAGGAUUUAACGUGGGUCUUUUUACAGCCAUGUAGAAGUAUUUUUCUGUAGAUGUCUAUAUGUAAUUGAAGCACUGGAUAUAACUCAUUGUCAGCACUCUUAGCUACUUCAUAUACAACAUCCUAGCAUACAUAGUGGUUUAGACAGCAAAUUCAGCAUAUUCAGAUAGUCUGCUAUUAAUUCUUUUGUGUUACUUAACAGACCAUGUGAUAAUGAUUACUGAUGGUAAAUGUGAACAGAGCCAACUGGUUGAGCUGGACUCAAAGCCUCUGCAAAUGUCUCAUUUUGGUUCCCUGUUAUUUUAAUAUCAGGCAUAAAAUGAUUUAGAAAACUGACCAUGGUAAGAGAAUGAUAGGAAGAUUUGUAUCCACCCAGCAAAUUUUUCAGUGGAUGUAUUGUUCCAUAUUUGUGUGGAACAUUUAGCCAUUGUUUUAACUGACAACAUGUGAAGAAUUGCACUCAAAAACUGCACUCCUCAGAUUUAAGUAUGCAUUUAUUUUAAUCUGAUCUUAUAAAUAAAAAUAAAAAGUUUUCCCAUCAAAA